CCUAUCGAAAAAUUUUACCCCACGGUCGAUAAAACACUUUCGUUGCUUUUUUCCACAGUCGUGUACAAAAAAAAUAGGAAAAAAGCAAAUAAAGCGAAAAUACACGGAACAGAGUACGCUCAGUGGAGUGUUUCGUUUCCCGUGGAGUGCAGAUUAAUGUGCAACGGUACAGUGCAAAUAUGCCCAGUACGAAAAAGUGGCCAGCAAAAGCAAUAACAAAAUAGCAACAGCAACGCAACGUGUGUGUGUUGUAAGCAAUCUGUACAGCGGAAAAGUGUUCUUGUGUUGGUGUGCUCGGGGGGUGGUGUGCGUUUUGCCCGUCCCGUGUCCAUAAAUUAGAAUCGAAUCGAAUCGAAAACGACAUUGAAGUCCGCUCCGACACUGCGAUGUCCAUCGACCAGGAUCAGUAAUCACCAGUAAUCAUCAGCAGCGGACCAUUAAGUUUUCCAUAUCGAGACGAAUCUGAAUUGCAAUCUAUAUCGGAGGAGGAAUCACGCGCGCCCGCUGCUACCCCAAUACGGAAAACUGCUGAAAAAUAACCCGCAGUAGCAGCCGAAUCACGAUCACCAGCGAAGCGAGCGAGGAGCAGGAGGAAGGCGGCGGAGGAGGAGAAGCAGAAAUAGGAACCACCGCAUAGAUUGGGUAAAGCGCACCACAAUGGUGAGUACCAAUCUGGUGGUGCCGGUGGUGCUGUGGGGACCCACUGCGCCUACGCACUGCAUCUCGAGCGUAUUCCUCUCGGACGACCAGUUCACCCUGGUCACUGGCUGUUACGAUGGACAGAUCUGCCUGUGGCAGGUGGAACCCACCACCCUGAAGAUGUCGCCGCGGUGCCUGCUGGUUGGUCACUCGGCUCCAGUCUUGUGCUUGGUGCGCGCUUCUCUCCUGCCAGAGAACAACUUCCUUGUCAGCUCCUCCGAGAACGGUGAGAUGUGCACCUGGGACCUUACGGACGGCAAGUGCAUGGAGGCUGUAAAGCUGCCACAGGUGCACACCCAAAUUCAGAGCUAUCAUACGGCCAACAGCGAAGAUGUGCGCCUCUUCUGCAUUGGAUACUAUGCCGAAAUUAUGGUCAUGGAUCCCUUCAGCCUAGAGGUAAUCUACGUGCUUAGCUCCAAAGUCAAGCCGGAUUGGAUUUCCGCCAUUCACGUACUGCGUCCCAUGCGCCGUAAGGAUGAUGUAGUGCUGGCCAUCACCACCACUGGAACAGUAAAAGUCUGGACUCUGACCGGUAAUGAGAACAAGCACGCGGAACCGAUCUACGAGAACGAGUCCAAGGAGAUCCGCUGUCUAAAUGCCAUCACAAUGAAUUGUUGCGCCCAGAACCAGCGCACAGUGCUCCUAGUUUGUACCAAAUAUUGGCAGAUUUACGAUGCUGGAGACUUCACCGUGCUAUGUUCCGUAAUUGCUCCAGCGAGAGAACGUUGGCAGGGCGGUGAUUUCAUCACCUCGGACCGUGUAAUGCUCUGGACGGAUGAAGGCAAGGGCUACUUAUACAAGCUGCCAGCCAACUGCAUUCCGGAUAACAAGGAGUUCCACUCGAAGAGUGUGGUUAGAGAUGCUCCAUAUCUGUACUAUGUCUUGCAGCAUGCGGGAGACAAGGUUUUGUCGUGUCCACCAGCCAUGAAGCUGCUUCAGAGUGCCGGUGGUCAGCACAAUCUUUUGCGCGGCGACUCAGAGGGAUACAUCUCCGUAUGGAAUGUUCCGGAGGUGCCGCUAGACAAUAUUAGUAUACUGCAAGCCAAGCAGAUGCCGCCACGAGUCCUAAAACCACACGUGUGCACUUCCCUGGUUGAGGCGUGGUCCAUAAUGGAUCCACCACCCGUGGGAAUACUGGAUCAGCUAUCCCGCAUUACGGAGUCGCCAGUGAAGCUCACCUCGAGUAUCUAUCUGCCGCAGCAGAGUCGCUUGGUGAUCGGACGCGAGGACGGCAGCAUAGUCAUUGUGCCAGCCACACAGACAGUAAUGAUGCAGCUGCUGGUGGGUAUCAAGCAAAACUUUAGCGAUUGGCCUUCGCAUCAGAUCCUGUACGGUCAUCGUGGCAGGGUCAACUGCUUGCUAUGCCCUUCCAUGAUUCACUCGAGAUACGAAAAAUCUCAUCUACUCUCUGGCGGAAUUGAUUUCGCCGUGUGUUUAUGGGAUCUGUACAGCGGCAGCUUGUUGCACCGGUUUUGUGUCCAUGCCGGUGAGAUCACUCAGCUGUUGGUUCCACCGGAGAGCUGUAGUCCAAGAAUCCUAAAGUGCAUAUGUUCGGUGGCCUCGGAUCAUUCUGUUACACUGGUUUCCCUUCAGGAGCGCAAGUGUGUGACCUUGGCCAGCAGGCAUCUGUUCCCUGUGGUCACCAUAAAGUGGCGUCCACUGGACGAUUUCCUUAUCGUGGGCUGUUCUGAUGGCAGUGUGUACGUUUGGCAAAUGGAAACGGGUCACCUUGAUCGAGUACUCCACGGAAUGCUGGCGGAGGAAGUACUCUCGGCUUGUGACGAACAGGCCGAUGAUAGCGGUUCGGGAGGCGGUGGUGGUGGAUCCAAUGGGGCUUCUGCCAGCGAGAUGGGCAUGGCCAAUCCAGCUGUUCACUUCUUCCGCGGAUUGAAAUCGCGCAAUAUGAACGCAAUCCGUCAUGCUACCCAGCGAGGGAUAAACCAACUACAGCAGCUUCAGGGUCAUAACCAAGGAAACUUCGAUUUCCUGAUGAAGCACCGCAGUAAUCCGCUGGUUAUUCAGGGACUCCGCACUAAUCCCAAAGAUGCAGAGAGUCACAUCCUCUUCUUUGACAUCGAAGGUCUAAUAUUCGAGUUGCACAGCGAGGAAUACGCGCAGAUGACACCAGCUACUUUGGAAUCACUUGGUGUCCACCUGCAGAAUCCCAAAGAUGGUAAAUCUAUGCACCUGGAUGCCAGCAAGAAGAUCGGUGACUUUUUCAGCAAAGUCAAGAACAAGGCGGUGGAUGUGGAGAAGAUCUUAAAGGACAAGGACAAGCACGGACUAGUACAGAAGUUCAAGGAGAAAACUGAGAUUGUAGAGAAGAAAGUGCAGGCUAAGGUGGAAAGUCUGCAAAAGGCAGUAGAGACGCACGAGGAGCAGCAGGACCUUAAAAGCAAAAUCGCCUCCAAAAUGGAAGUUACACACGUGAUGGAGGUAGCCCAGCUUCUGCUUUCGCUGCUCCAUUCUUGGGGCCUGGAUCCGCAUCUAGACAAGAUGUGCGAGACGCGAUUGGGUCUGCUCAGACCCAUUGUGCCCAUCUCCUAUGGUGUGCUUUCCAAGGCUGGUUACAUGUCUCUGCUGCUGCCUACUUGGCAAAACAACUAUGCCAUACCGCCAGGAAUCCAGCUUCCCUCCAGCUCCAAAAAGCGUCCGCUGCCUGAGGAGCUGCAGCGCUUGGAGCACCUCACUGCCGUUUUUACAUCACGUCUGCACUGGGAGCUGAGCACCACAUUGACCACUAAUCAUAUUCUCGCUCUGGUGGCCAUGUCCAACACCCUGCUCUCGAUGAGCGCGGCCUCCUUUUUGCCAGACAGCGAGAAGCACAAGAAGCUGCAGCGAUUGGCCCAGCGCACGGACUCCACAUUGAGCAACGAGGAGGAGCGCGAGGAGCUGAUGGCCCACCACGUUUCCCAGAUCAAGCACGCCUGGAGUCUGCUGGCCACCCACCAUUGUUUUCUGCUGCCUGAUAAAAUUGAGGCACUGGAGCCAAAGAAAUUCAAGCGCCCACAGGUGGAGAUGAUGGUUAAGCGCUGGCAACAUCACUGCAUAGAGAUCAGGGAGGCAGCUCAGCAGAUUCUUUUGGGUGAACUAACCCGGAUGGGCAAGAAGGGCCGAAAGCAACUAGUCGAGAGCUGGGCGCAGUAUCUUCCACUCUAUACGCACACGGAGCCCAUUGUGGGUGCCCAACAGCAGUUGGCUCUGAUAAGUCAGCCGGCAGGCGGAGGAUCUGGUUCCGGAUCAGGAGGUAAUGGAGGAGGUGGCGUCGGAAAUUCCGGAAGUGGGGGAGUUGGAGGUGGAGGCGGAUCAGGCGGCAACGUUUCAGGAGGAGAUGCCCACCAAGAUGAAGACUAUGAGGAAGAGGAGGAGGAGAUUAUACGAAAACCAUCCAGCUUGUCGGAGCUAAAACGCAAGCAAACCACAGCAGUUAUACUUUUAGGUGUCAUAGGAGCUGAGUUUGGUCAGGAUAUAUCCCAGGAGUCACCGAAUCACCGGGGAAGUAUUAGCAUGGCCACGGGAGCCAAUCUAACUAGUGGAGUGGCCGGCGGAGAACGGAGGAAAUCCAGUGUUGUUGAGGGUUUUGGCAUAGCCAACAAUCUAGCGCGUCUCACCUCGAUGGCUUUGGCCCAUCUGCUGUACGCUCCACCAUCUCCAAAGUUACCACAAUACACACCACUCCGCCGGGCAGCUAUUGAUCUGUUAGGUCGAGGAUUCACCGUCUGGGAGCCAUACUUGGAUGUGUCUAAGGUACUCCUCGGUCUGCUGGAGAUCUCGUGUGAAGGCAAGGCAGUGCCAAAUCUUAACUACAAACUCCCAUUGACCCCGCAAGCGGAUGCCUGCCGGACAGCUCGGCACGCUCUGCGUCUUAUAGCCACCGCUAGGCCGGCGGCUUUCAUAACUACGAUGGCCCGCGAGGUUGCCAGGUACAAUACGAUGCAGCAGAAUGCCCAGUCCAUAAACACGCCGCUCACCCAAUCCGUGCUGCACAAGGCUAAAGGCGAGAUACUGCAGUGCGUGGAAAUGUUGAUCGACAAGAUGCAGUCGGAGAUCGCCGGCCUUCUGGUGGAGGUGAUGGACAUAGCCCUUCAUUGUGUGGACAGCAAUGAGCUUAAGAGUCGUGGCCUGGCGGAGCUGUGUCCUGCCAUCUGCAAGUUUAACCAGAUCUCGCACUGCGCCCAAACGCGCCGCAUCGCUGUAGGUGCGAACAGUGGCAACCUGGCCAUUUACGAGUUACGGCAAAACAAGUGUCAGAUGAUUCCAGCCCACACGCACCCGAUCACCUCGCUAGCCUUCUCACCGGACGGCAAGUACCUGGUCUCUUAUUCCUGCGCGGAGAACCGGCUCUCAUUCUGGCAGACCUCAACGGGUAUGUUCGGAUUGGGUCAGUCGCAGACCCGCUGCACGAAGGGCUACUCGACGGCUCCCAUUCCGGAUGUGUCGCGCCUGAAUCCGAUGCGACUGGCCAAACUGGUGUGGAUCAACAAUCGCACGGUGACUCUAAUGCUAGCCGACGGCUCCGAGACGCGAUUUAAUGUCUAAGUGAGAAGGAGGAGGAGGCGGUAACAAUACUACUGUUAUGUUAUUAGGCAAUCAACGCGAGCUUCAAAAGCAGCGAGUUGGAGGAUGAGUUAGAGGAGCGAGAGCAGGAUCAGGAGCAGGAGUAGGAUCAGUAGCAGGAGGAGCAGAAACGACAAAACAAUAAUUAUUCAAAAAUAGAAGCGGAAACGUCUGGCGUUUCGUUAAAAAUAAUUAAGGCAAAGAAAAACAAAGAAAAGCUAAGCAAAAUUAAGUCAAACGAAAAACUAAGCAAAAUUAAUGCAAACAAAAAUUCACAAUUUCACAUUUUGUUAUUUAUUUAUAUACUUACCCUAUAUAUCUGUAUCUUAUCUGUAUCUGUAUCUGUAUCUGUAUCUGUAUGUAUUUUAAUGUAUUACACGAUUUUAAUAUGCCCUUUAUUCCCCCCUUUGCGACGUCCAUUUUAUUUUUAGGGCUAAGCUUUUACCCUUACACUUUAAACACGUGUUGUUUAUGUUUAUUGUUAAUUUCCAAUGCGGAAAAAACAAAAACUAAAUCCAAAUAUUAACAAAGCAAACAACAAUUAACCAGAUGCAAGCAAACAAC